AUGGCGAAGACACCUCUAGAUGAAGGAUUCCAGAUUGACUGUACAAGCGAUCAGUGCAAGAAUGUUGAACCAGCUGUUUACCAAUCCGUUAUUGGAGAGCUUGUGUGGCUAACUAUUACGACAAGACCAGACAUCCUUCACUCAGUAUCAGAACAUAUGACAGCCAUAAAGCAUAUGUUCAGAUACUUUUCAGCACCCGUUGACAUGAAGCUACACUAUAAACAGUGCGGUCAACCUUUCUUUGGAUUUGUGGAUGCAGACUGGGCAGGUGAUAGGAUUGACCGGAAGUCUUACACUGCGUACAUCUAUUUUCUGGCUGGUGGUCCGAUUUCUUGGCAUUCGGAAAAACAACGAAGCGUGGCGCUUAGCAGUACUGAAGCGGAGGAGGCUAUGGUAAUGCGAAGGCUGAUUUUGGAAAUAGGCUGUGGAACCAACGAUGCUCCGAUAAUCACUGGCAUUAAACAAGAAUCCAGUCUACCAUUCCAGAGCAAGGCAUAUUGA